UGUGCGAGAUGUGUACUAAUGUUGACCUGAAAAUCUAUGCCUUAUCACAGCUGGCAGCAAAAUUUAAAAGUAAUGUAAAAAUUGACAGCAAAUAUGAAGCAGUAGAAAAGACCCUGUGUGAAAGGGGCAAUGAGAAGUGGCACAAAAAAGAUUGCAUCCAGAGGGAAUGUGUUGCUUGUGGUACUGAUGGGGUUGUAUCUUUCUUUACUCCACUCAUGCGAGAAACAUCAAACCAAAAAAUUAAAUACAUUAAGUGGGAACGAAUGACCAAAGAAAAGAAUGGAAAACAAGUAACACAGAUCAUGCCAAAAACUUACGAAAAAAGUGCCACUGAGGUUGUUUUGGAUCUUGCUAAAGAGCUGGACAAACUAGCAGCCCAUUUAUUUGUUGCUGCUUGGCAACAAAAUCAGUUCUCGCAGCUUCUAAAGAGUGUGCCUUCCCACUGGGUCAUUCUUAACAUGGACUUCUCCGAGAAUUAUUCAUGUGUGAACCAAAACGAGGUCCAGAGUGCCCACUGGGGCCAUAACAAUAUAACGAUACACCCAGCUGUAUCUUAUUACAGAUGUCCAAAUGAAAACUGUAACGACACAAUACAGGAGUCUCUGAUAUUUGUGUCGGACGAUCUAGUACAUGAUGCGCAUGCAGUAGCAACAUUUGUUGCUAAAGCAAAUGAACAUUUGCAGAACAAAAGAGGAUUGAUAAUUGAAAAACAAAUUCAGUUUACUGAUGGAUGUUCUGCGCAGUAUAAAUCCAAAACUCCCUUUACAGAUAUUUCAUACAGCAAAGAGGACUAUGGGUUUGUGGUUGAAAGACACUUCUACGGUUCACGCCAUGGGAAAGGGCCCUCGGAUGGUGCCGGAGCAGUUGUAAAGUCAGGAGCAAGAAGAGCAGUAAUGGGCAUGAAUGUUGUUAUUAACAAUGCAGAGGAUCUUUAUAACUUUGGGAAGGAAAAGCUUGAAAGCACAGAAGAGAAAACUGACCAUUUACAUCACAAAAGGACUUUCUUCCUCAUUGAAAAUAUCGACAGAAACCGCCCAGACAGAAGCAAAACAAAGACUGUUCCUGGAACUCGAAAAUUGCAAUGUAUUAAGUCGACAGAAGAAAAGUAUUCUCUCCUGACAAGAAACCUGUCUUGUUUUUGUCAAGUAUGUGUAGAUAACACAGCAGAUGAAAUUCAGUGUGAAAAUUCUGAACUUGUGGAUCAGUGGACUUCUCAGGAAUUACACCAUACUGCUGUGGGAAAUGAUGUUCGUCAAACCAGAGGGAGGGGUAGAAAUGCAGGAACAAGAGGAGCAAGGGCUAGAAGGGGUGAUAGAGGUUUAAGAAAUAGAGGAGGAGGAAGGACAAGAGAGGAAGAUAGAGAUCUAAGAAUUGGAGAAGGAGGAAGAGGAGUAAGGACUAGAGGAGAAGAAAGAGGAGCAAGGACAAGAGGGGAAGAUAGAGAUCUAAGAAUUGGAGAAGGAGGAAGAGGAGUAAGGACUAGAGGAGAAGAAAGAGGAGCAAGGACAAGAGGGGAAGAUAGAGAUCUAAGAAUUGGAGAAGGAGGAAGAGGAGUAAGGACUAGAGGAGAAGAGAGAGGAGCAAGGACAAGAGGGGAAGAUAGAGAUCUAAGAAUUGGAGAAGGAGGAAGAGAAUAUAUAUAA